AUGGCAAGGGGCAAAUGGGUGGAGUUGCUCUUAGGGUUUGAAGCUGCUGAAGGCAUCCUUAGAGUCCAACUAGCUAACGCAUGCACGCCUUCUCCUCAAGGGUUUUCUCUUCUGUACGCCUAUAAAUUACAGGUCAUCCUCCUAAGCCUCAAACAUUGCAUCAACAUGGCAACCUCCUCCAACACCACAACCGUGAGCUUGAAGCUCCUGAUAGACACGAAGGGUCGCAAAGUUUUGUUUGCGGAAGCAAGCAAGGAUGUCGUUGAUUUUCUCUUCACUCUCCUGUCUCUGCCUGUAGGGACUGUGAUCAAACUCCUCUCCAAAGACGGCAUGGUUGGUAGCUUGGGAAAGCUUUAUGAGAGUGUUGAAAAUCUGGAUGACACAUACUUGCAACCAAAUCUCAACAAGGACAUGUUGCUGGAACCAAAGGCAACAGUUGCUGGUGCCAAUAUCCUUCCUUUGCUGACCAACAACAACGUUGACUCGAAUUCUAAAAAGUUCUACAUGUGUACAGGCUGCAGUAACCCCCGUAUUUCCGAUGUGUCUGGAACCCGUUGCCCAAAUUGCAGCAAUUCCAUUACCAAUAAGGUGACUUAUGUUUCUCCACCAGCACCUGCUACCGUGGCAAGACCCAGCGAGGGAGGGUAUGUCAAGGGAGUAGUGACAUACAUGGUCAUGGAUGACUUGGAGGUGAAGCCAAUGUCCACCAUUUCAAGCAUAGCUAUGCUGAACAAGUUCAAUGUAAAGGAAGUUGGUGCUCUUGAAGAGAGAGUGGUUAAUCUUGGCAUGGAAGAGGGUUUGAAGCUGCUGAAGGCAUCGUUGGAGACCAGUGCAGUUCUUACAAAAGUGUUCCUGGGUAAAAGGAUGGCAUAA